AGAGAGAGAGAGAGAGAGAGAGAGAGAGAGAGGCGAGGGAGACUCUUUUUUUUUUGGUGGAAAGUGAGAGAGACUGUCACUGCAACUGAAAGCAAAUGAAGGAGUUGAGGGACUGAUCAGCGACAAGUGGUGAGUCCUCCAUUAAUAGAAGUCGAAGAAGAAGCUUUGAAAAUUCUGAUUGGGAAAGCAUUGAAGAUCCUCAAAACCCUAAAGAAAAGAUAGAUUACUUAUUGAAGAUCCCUUGUACUCUCUUCUCUUUCUCAUCGGAUUCUGGUUCUACGUAACUUCUCUGCCUACCCUGACAGUCUUACAUUAUUUGCCCUACAGAUCAUCGAUUUCUUUGCUCUUUUGAAGUUUAAUUCUCGUGCUUUUUGGUGCUUCUGCUGUUUCUGGUGUUUAGCUUUUUAUCUCAACCCACAGUCGGAGAGAGGGAGAGAGGGAGGGAGGAAGGAGAGUGAUGGGUAUGUGCAUAAACCCCUGCGAAAGCUUCCCAGCUAGGUUGGUUUCGUCGCCGUCGUCUUGUAUUGCCUCGUCGUCCAAAUCCACGGGUGUGCCUUUACUAGUAUAUUUGAAGAAGACAGGGAAGAAAAAUAAUGCUUCAUCUUUGAAGCUCCACCAGGGGCGAACGCUCGCUUGCUCUACCAAGUCUUGCGUGCGUUGUGAGCAUGGUGGCUCAAAUGUGGCCACCAAUGGCUCGGGGAAUGGCCCGUUUGGUGGGACGCCGUUGGGGAAGAGAACCGACAUUAAGAAGAUUUUGAUUCUGGGCGCAGGGCCUAUUGUCAUCGGCCAAGCCUGUGAAUUCGAUUACUCGGGGACGCAGGCAUGCAAGGCCCUCAAAGAAGAGGGAUACGAAGUGAUUCUCAUAAACUCGAAUCCUGCAACUAUUAUGACCGAUCCUGACUUGGCUGAUAGGACCUACAUCACCCCGAUGACACCCGAGCUCGUCGAACAGGUCCUUGAGAAGGAAAGGCCCGAUGCUCUCUUGCCCACCAUGGGCGGCCAGACAGCUCUUAACCUCGCUGUUGCGUUGGCCGAAAGCGGCGCUCUCAAAAGGUACGGUGUGGAGCUGAUUGGAGCGAAACUCGAUGCGAUCAAGAAAGCAGAAGACAGAGAUUUGUUUAAGCAAGCCAUGAAGAACAUUGGAAUAAAAACGCCGCCUUCUGGGAUUGGUAACACUCUGGAUGAGUGUAUUGAGAUUGCCAAUUCCAUAGGCCAGUUUCCUCUGAUCAUACGGCCUGCAUUCACAUUGGGUGGAACCGGAGGUGGAAUUGCUUACAACAAGGAGGAGUUCGAAUCGAUAUGCAAGGCUGGGCUCGCGGCCAGUUUGACAUCCCAGGUUCUGGUGGAGAAGUCUUUGUUGGGAUGGAAGGAGUAUGAACUUGAGGUUAUGAGGGACUUGGCUGACAAUGUGGUUAUUAUUUGUUCCAUUGAAAACAUUGACCCAAUGGGUGUUCAUACUGGGGACUCCAUUACGGUGGCCCCUGCUCAAACUCUGACGGAUAAAGAGUACCAGUGCCUUAGGGAUUACUCGAUUGCAAUCAUAAGAGAGAUUGGAGUUGAGUGCGGGGGUUCAAAUGUACAAUUUGCGGUAAAUCCUAAAGAUGGGGAGGUAAUGGUGAUUGAGAUGAACCCUAGAGUGUCAAGGUCUUCAGCUUUGGCAUCCAAAGCUACUGGCUUCCCAAUAGCAAAAAUGGCAGCAAAGUUAUCUGUUGGAUACACGUUGGACCAGAUACCAAAUGAUAUCACGAAGAAAACACCGGCUAGUUUUGAGCCUUCUAUUGAUUACGUGGUGACAAAGAUACCUCGGUUCGCAUUUGAGAAGUUCCCAGGUUCUCAGCCAAUACUGACAACCCAAAUGAAGUCAGUUGGUGAAUCCAUGGCAUUGGGGCGCACAUUCCAAGAAUCCUUCCAGAAAGCAGUUAGAUCGCUGGAGUUGGGCUACUCCGGUUGGGGUUGUGCACAGGUCAAGGAACUGGACUGGGACUGGGACCAAUUGAAGUACAGCCUUCGAGUCCCAAACCCAGAUCGCAUUCAUGCAAUUUAUGUGGCAAUGAAGAAAGGGAUGAAGGUUGAUGAGAUUCAUAAGCUGAGCUAUGUGGACAAGUGGUUUCUUACUCAGCUGAAAGAGCUGGUAGAUGUGGAGCAAUUCCUUUUAGCGCAGAACUUAUCUCAACUGACGAAGGAUGACUUCUAUGAAGUGAAGAGGAGAGGCUUCAGUGAUAAGCAGAUUGCUUUUGCUACUAAAUCCAAUGAAAAAGAAGUCCGGUCAAAGCGGAUUUCACUUGGGGUAACUCCAGCAUAUAAGCGGGUUGAUACCUGUGCUGCUGAGUUUGAAGCCAACACUCCGUACAUGUACUCAUCCUAUGAUUAUGAGUGUGAAUCAAGUCCCACUGAAAGGAAGAAAGUGUUGAUUUUGGGUGGAGGGCCAAACCGAAUAGGCCAAGGUAUCGAGUUUGACUACUGCUGCUGCCAUACUUCCUUUGCCCUCCAGGAAGCUGGAUUUGAGACAAUCAUGAUGAACUCAAAUCCUGAAACAGUGUCAACAGAUUAUGACACAAGUGACCGGCUCUACUUUGAGCCACUAACUGUUGAGGAUGUUCUGAACAUCAUUGAUUUGGAACGUCCUGAUGGUAUUAUCGUGCAGUUUGGAGGCCAAACACCCCUUAAGCUGGCACUGCCAAUUCAGCACUACUUGGAUGAGCACAAGCCCUUGGCUUCCAGUGGGAGUGGACAGGUUCGUAUAUGGGGGACAUCACCUGAUUCCAUUGAUGCAGCUGAGGACAGAGAAAGGUUUAACGCGAUCCUGAAGGAGCUGGAAAUUGAGCAGCCAAAAGGUGGGAUUGCCAAGAGUGAAGCUGAUGCUCUGGCAAUAGCCUUGGAAAUAGGCUAUCCUGUUGUUGUGAGGCCAUCGUAUGUGUUGGGUGGGCGGGCAAUGGAAAUUGUGUAUGGUGAUGACAAGCUCAUGACCUACCUUGAGAAUGCUGUUGAGGUGGAUCCUGAGCGUCCUGUCCUGAUUGACAGGUACCUGUCAGAUGCUAUUGAGAUUGAUGUUGACUCACUCACUGACUCGCAUGGCAACGUGGUGAUUGGUGGGAUCAUGGAGCACAUAGAACAGGCCGGUGUCCAUUCGGGUGACUCAGCAUGCUUGCUUCCCACAAAGACAAUCCCAUCUUCUUGCUUGGAUACAAUAAGGUCGUGGACAACAAAACUGGCGAAAAGGCUGAACGUGUGUGGACUCAUGAACUGCCAAUAUGCAAUCUCACUAUCUGGGGAGGUUUUUCUACUCGAGGCCAAUCCUCGUGCUUCCCGCACAGUUCCAUUUGUAUCCAAGGCAAUUGGGCACCCGUUGGCCAAGUAUGCUUCCCUCCUCAUGUCAGGGAAAUCACUCCAUGAACUUGGGUUCACAAAGGAGGUGAUCCCAGGCCAUGUUUCAGUCAAGGAAGCUGUGCUUCCAUUUGAGAAGUUCCAAGGCUGUGAUGUGCUGCUUGGCCCAGAGAUGCGUAGCACUGGUGAGGUCAUGGGCAUAGACUUUGAGUUUUCAGUUGCAUUUGCCAAGGCCCAGAUUGCUGCAGGGCAGAGGUUACCGGUCUCUGGCACUGUGUUCCUCAGCCUAAAUGAUUUGACAAAGCCACACCUUGCCAUGCUGGCCUGUGCCUUCUCGGGGCUCGGGUUUAGGAUUGUCUCAACGUCUGGGACGGCCCAUGUGCUUGAAUUGGAGGGUAUCCCUGUGGAGCGGGUGCUGAAGAUGCAUGAGGGGCGACCACAUGCUGGUGAUAUGAUUGCAAACGGACAGAUACAAUUGAUGGUGAUCACGAGUUCAAAUGAUGCACUUGAUCAGAUUGAUGGCCGGCAGUUGAGGAGGAUGGCUCUUGCAUAUAAGGUUCCAAUCAUUACUACAGUAGCCGGGGCUUUGGCAAGUGUGGAGGCGAUAAGGAGUAUGAAGCACAGCCCUGUUAAGAUGAUUGCACUCCAGGAUUUCUUUGACAUUCAGGAUGUGGUUCAAAGGCAACUGCCCCUCAGAACCUUUUUGCAUUUUGACUGAUAAGAGAUGUGUUAUUGAAGCAGUGAACUGGCCUUCAGCUCUUCAUUGAUUAGAAUGCAAACAGACACAUACAAUUGAUGGUGACCACGAGUCCAAGUGAUGCUAUUGAUCAGAUUGAUGGCUCUUGCAUAUAAGGUUCCAAUCAUUACUACAGUAGCUGGAGCUUUGGCAAGUGUGGAGGCGAUCCGAAGUAUGAAGUACAGCCCUGUUAAAAUUAUUGCAGUCCAGGAUUUCUUUGACAUUCAGGCAAGUCCAGAGAGUCACUGCUACUUGCAGCCUGCUUCCUCCUUGAUUGUGCUUUUCAUCAUCUGCAGCAUUUUUGCAUCUCUUAUCUGGAUAAAGUGAAUGAACUAUUUUAUUUAUUCUAUUUUCUGCAGUAUUAUAUUUGUUUACUGUUGUUGAGGAAUACUUACUCAGUUUUGGAGUGUUUUUUUUUUUUUUUUUGGUAGGUUGCAUUAUUUAACAUAAUUAGUUUAAUCUCAUCUCUUGAUGAAUGUGACUGGAUAGACACAGAGAUAUCUAUGUGUCAGCUCUUUUUCCCAAGACAUUGUUUCUUCUAUCAGAACUGUAUAAGUUUCAAUAUUUGUCUCAAUAUGGUGUUUA